UCUCAUUGGGGACCGUAGUGCAGCGCUGCGGCCAAGGCGCGGUUCAAGGUGGGGGGCUGUGUCCCUGCAGCCUCGCCAGCGCAAGAUUACAGCUGCGGAGGACCACAGCUGCGGAUUCUGCAGGAAGAGGCAGCGCCUGUGCCCCCACUUCGCAACCUCCACCCUCCUGCGGAGCAUCACCUCACACCAACCGGCUUGGGCAGCAGGUGUGAUGGCUCUGCUUCCCUUUACUGCUCCGCGCUGCCUGGAUCACAGGACCUUUUCCUAAAGGUAAAGUCCACGGAUAAGUGGACUCACUCUCCUGCUCAUCCACGUUCAGCCUCCAGCGAUUUCGCACAUUUAACGUUUAAAUGUUGAGUGUUAUAUCUUUUGAAGUGGUUUUCCCUGCAAUCUCAGUUCUUUGAUGCGUUUUUUUUAAAAAAUCGUUCGUCACGUUUGCCCAGAGUUGUCUUCUAGGAAGGCAGCGCUUUUGUGCUUGCGCGCGCGUGCGUGGAUUUUCAACUUCUUUACUUGAGGGAGCUGAAACCAGAAGUAGCCAUUUUUACAGUAGGAUACAGUCAGUGAUAAGUCUGUGGUUUGAAAAUGCCUGAUAAACAACAGCUGAGAAAUGGGGGGGGGGGAUUAAAGGAGUUGCAGAGAUUGUGGGAAGGCUGUAGAUUUAGAAUCAAAUGAUUUUAUUUAUUUAAAGGUUAUUGUUACUGUUUAGUUUUUAAAAUCAUGCAAACAAUUUUGAGAAAAUGAAGGAUACGUGCUUCAAUUUCUCUAGAAAUAAUCUGCCAAAGUUUUACCUAGAAAAAUAUGUACAAAUACUAGCAUCAUGGGCAUGCUAUGUCAGAAACAGAUAGGAAAGCUGGCCUUUCAACAAUGUCAAAAUUCGAUGGAUAACAAUUAAACAGAAAACUGUGUCAAGUUAAUUGACUUUAGUUUACUAAGUACUAGUGAUUGGCAUCUAUAGUUGUGGGCAUAUUCUCAGAUCACACAUUGUAAUUCACACAAUGAAAUUGUGCGCAUAUAUAUAAGUAUAUAUAUAUAUAUACAUACAUACAUGGAUAUGUAUUGUUACAGACUCACUAAAAAAGGUUAAAGAGCUUGCAGGGUUCAAAGAGGCAGUAUUGAAGACAGGCAGAGAGCUUUAUUAAUAAAGGGUAAGGAAAAGUGUCUUGAGGUGCCAGGUAAAAAGUUUAGGAACGAAUUGCAUGACAGUGUGUUGUUCUGGGCACAGAACUUUCAGAUUCCAGUGGCAGGCCAGUUUGAAUGUGAAAUAGAAAUGGGCUGUAUGUCAAAGGCAGGAGAAACUGCAUUUGAGCUGGAGACUGGGAAGGAAGUUCUUUGUUGUGGCAGCUUUCCUGGUUAGACCCAUGGCUAGUGACCAACUGAUAGGUCUGUGUAAGUGCCAUGACCUCGCUGCACUUGGAUGCUCCUUCCUUUAGAGUCAAGGCAAAUGGACUCUAUUAUCUGUUGGCCUUGUGUGUUCAAUAAGCUCUGGGGGCUGAUUUUGCUGAUAUUAUUUUGCUAUGUUUGUCUGUCCAUAUGUUCUUGACUUGAUUUAAUGGGUUCACAGGUGGUUAUAGCUUAUUUGUACAAUUAAGUUAUGUAUCGGACUGUACCUUAUAAUUUGUGCUCAAUAGAUGAAUAUUGGUCACUUGCAUACAGGAGAAGAAGAGUCAUUCUGCUUUGACAUUUGAACUUAAAGUUGAGCAAACUAUUGUUUUAUAAAAUAAAAUUCCCCAGGGCAAGGCACAGUCUGAAAGUUACCUUUCAAUAUAAUCUGGGAGUGAUUUAGCUCAGGGCACCACCUUACUUAUGAUCUCCACAAGUAAGGGUGUUUGUAGAAUAGAUUUAAAUAAACAUUCCAACAUAUAUACAGUUAACAUCUCUUAUUUGUGGAUUUUGACCAAUAUUUAUAAAACAGAAUCUAUGUUUUACUCUAAUCCCAUCAGAGUGCAUAUUAAUUGACUUCAUGUGGAAAUUGCAUUUUGUUAAAUUUGGAGAACACAGUGCAAAGGAUUGAACUGUAUUUUUACUCUGCACAAGAAGAAACUAGGACCGAAAAGAUACAGUUAACUUGCUGAAAGUCAUAAAUUAAGUAAAUUCUAGAAUUAAGAGAGUCUAUGAAGUCCAUCUGAUUGAGCUCUAUAUUAUGCACACUCACCUGACUCCCUCUGCACAGUUUUAGGUAGCCACACCUUAAUAGAAAAUGGUGUUACUAUUUCACUAGGAUUAGUUAUCUAAGUUACUGAUGAAAAUUCAGGGAGAGUUGUGUAACAUGUGGGCCAGGCUUGUUGGAGUUUCUAUCCUGCCUGGUUCCUGCACCCAUUUAGUCCCAAAGAAAAUCACACAGAGGACUCCAUAAGAUUAUAAUCUGAUUGGCCCAAUAGCUCAGGCUUCUUAUUAGCUCUUGUAAUUUAUAUUAACCCAUUAUUCUUAUCUAUGUUAGCCACAUGGCUCGGUACCUUUCUUAGCAGGGCAGGUCACAUAUUGCUUCUUUGGUGGUCUGGGCAGGAGUCAGGAGGAAUGGACUUCCUCCUUCCUAGAAUUCUCCUGUUCUCAUUGCCCUACCUCUACUUCCUGUCUGGUUUCCUGCCUAUACUUCCUGCCUGGCCAAUCAGCAUUUAUUUAAAACAUGAUUGACAGAAUACAGACAAUUCUCCCACACCAGAGUUGAGUAUAAUUAUCUAUGUCUUUUAAUAGAAUCAUUUAUACAUUCCUAAACCAGUAAAAGAAUAAUUUAGAAACUAGAAGUGUAUUUAAAUUUCCAAAUUUAUAUAGUAAUGAGAGUCUAAACCAUCAUUUUAGAUAGUACACACACACACACACAUAUAUAUAUAUACAGAGAGAGACAGACACACACAGAGAAAGAGGUACAUGGAUUAAUCUGAUUUAUUAACAUUAUUUUUCUCUUUUGUCAAACUUUGAGUAAAAUUCAACAGUCGAUAUAACUCUUUCAUAUUCUAGUCUCUUUCUAGCCAUGUAAAUAGAGAACAAUAUUAGGAGAUGAUUUAUUCAUUGUAGCAAUAAUUUGAAGGGGAGUCAAGAUCAGUCUUUGAUGGAAUUAACCAACUAGAUAAACUUUCUGUAGUCAUGGUUCUCACCUUCUUGGUCUGUCUUCUAUAACUGUAAUUCACAAUUUUGCAUCUGAAACUCUCAGGAGCAAAUGUUUCAAAAUUUUCAUACCAUAUAUUAAUUAUGUAAGAUUCAUAGGAAAGCCUGAAGUGAUAUCCCUAAUCUAACAAAACAGCAACCCUGCAAUUUAGCAUAAAUAUCCUUUUCAGUAUAAAGAGAUUACAAAUUCAUUAAAUAUCAUAUUUUGUGAAGUAUCUGUUGGAAUUAUUGUGCUAAUAUUUAGUACAAUGUUCGAUAUUUUUGUUUGUGUAUGCUUGGUCAAUGCUUUCCUUAAUCAUUAAUUAUUUUGUGUCUUGAGGAAUGUAUGUUGUGUAUGGAUCGGGUUAGAGGCCUCAGUUAUGUUUUCUCUAUGGCUCGAUAACCAAUUCGUCCUGCUUAAUUACAUUCUUGUCUCCUGCCCCUCCUGGGCAUGAUACUGCUAGGUUUUCUGUGGGCUGAUGGUUUAGAUGUGUCCCAUUAUUGAAACUCUUUUUCCCCCUUUGUUGUUUGGUUUAUUUCUGUGUUUUUAUCUGAAUAAAGAUAAACCUAUAUUCCUGUAAAACUCAACUAUUUGUAUACAGAAAUUACAGUAGAAGUCCUUCAUAUUUCUUAUCCUGGAUGACUUUGGUUGAUUUGGAGUUUUUGAUAAACUUGUCUUCUUUAGAAUCAGUUUCCCAAUUUCUGCUGACAAACAAUCUCUUGAGGUUUUUAUUGUGUGUGAUUCCAUUGAACUUGUUUAUAAUUCUGAUGAGAAUUUUUCUUUAAAAUUUGUAAUAUCACCUUUCUCAGUGUGAGUGACAGCCCUAUAUUGUUUUAUUACUGAAUUUGGGGGGUUUGGAAAAAUUUAACCGCAUAGAGCAGUACACAUAAAGCAAAGUUAAUUCAAUAUCAAACACGGAAUGAGCCUGAGGUUUAUGGCAGGGGUCACCUGUGUAUCAUUAUACAACUUCAUUUUAGACUUGGUUCCUGAAUGUAGCAGGCAUGCACUUUGCAUCACACAGUGCUGUCCUUGGUACUUUGGAAGACCUCAAGUCAAAGACAGUUCUUUGUUACGAAUUACAGUGCUUUUGCAAUACCUACACAGAUUUCUACUCUUAUAGAAACAUUAUUCUUUAAUACUUUUAAAAGUUAAACAUUUACUAUUUGUAAUUUGUUAUUCUCUGUUAUCUCAUGCUAUCUUAUCUUUGGAUUGCUUAGAGUUACAAUGUUUGAUUUUAUAAAUUUCCUUUUGAGUUGCUUUUCAUAAAGUGUACAAAGAGUAUUUGCUUGGAGUUGUGACAGAAUUUCUAAUAACUUCUGAAAUGGCUCUAAACAUGCUUCUAAUAUUUUGUAAUAUUACAUAUUUAUGCUGCAUUUUAUAUAAAGCAACAGUCUAAGCAUUGGCAAUUAUAAAAUAUUGAUAAACCCUGAACAUUUACGAAGAUGCUCUAUAUCCUAAAAUAUCCAAUAUUCAGUCAAUAUUUAAUUCUUUGUGCAAGAAUAAAUAGGGCCAUCUGUCCCAUUAGUAUGAAAGUUUACAAUCAUCUUUAGUAACUGACCAAAUUAUAUGUACACCAGAGAACUAUUUAAAACAUAUUUCUUUAUGAUUUAUUCUUAGCACUUAUUUUAUUAGUCUGCCUAUUUUAUAUACCGUCAUAUCUGGGACUCAUGGGGGGGGGAGGCUGAGCAAGGACCAUAAACAGAAACAGUUUGAAUACUGUUUCAACCCACAGUGAAGCAUGCUGUGUCUCGGAUUAAUGGAGGCUUUCUUAAACUUCUUUCACAAUUAAUAUGGUGAUUUCUGAGCAAGCAUCUGUGAGUUGUUAUUGUUUGGUCACAAGCACUUGAUACUUGCUCAUGUUACAUGAAAUGGCAUUUCAAAUUUUUCUUUUCAUAAUUCUUGAUCUUAGUAUAAAUAUAAUUUGAUUUUGUAAUACUGAUUAUAUAGCUAGUGACUAUAUUAAAAUAAUUUAUUAAUUCUAAUAUCUGAUGUGUGCAUUCUUUACAUAUUUGACAAAUACUUUAUUGUAUUUCUUUUAAAGUUGGGAAAUAUUGUGCCAAAUACCUGAAAAAAUGUAUCUCUUAGUCAGUGUUCUAUUGCUGUGAAGGGAUACCAUGACCAUAACAAUUCUUUUAAAGGAAGCAUUUAAGUAGGGUUUACUUACAGUUUUAGAGAUCCAUUAUCAGAAUGGUGGGAAGCAUGGAGGCAUGCAGACAGGCAUGAUGCUGGAGGAACUGAGAGUUCUACAUCCAGAUCCCAGGCAGCAGGAAGAGAGAACAACUGGACCUGCCUUGGGCUUCUGAAACUCCGAGCCCACACCCAGCGACACACUUUCUCCGACAAGGCCACCUCCUAUUCCCUGUCUAGUAGUGCCACUUCCUAAUGACCAAACACACACACACACAAUUACACGUAUACGGAAUAUCUUUGUCUUCUAUUUUAAAAUCUGUACUAAAUGAUUCCAAGACUUUGCACAUUUGGUCCUAUUCUAUAUUCAUUCCUAGUUUGAUUUUUCACUAUUUUAAUAUUUUACUUGUCACUACAUUUUUUUCAUGUGCUAUAUUUUUCUUUCACAUAUUAGGUACUUUCUGUCUCAUUCUGGUUUUGUCCAUUCUAUUCUACUCAAUCUGUGACCUAUUUAGUUGUCCAUAUCAUACUAUUCAAGCGUGUAUCUCAUUCCCUAGUUCAUUCUAAUUUGCACUUAGUCUCCAUUUCAUUGCAUGCUACUUUCUAUUUCAGACGCAUUUGCCAUUCCACCUUAUUUAACACACCAAAUACCAUUCUGUUCUAUUUCUGUGGUCCAGUCCAGUUGCUCAUCCAUUCUGUUUAGUGUCCCAUUUGCUUCUGCUAAAAUUAUAAAUGCGCAUAGGCUUAUAUCAAGAAUUUCUUCCUCUGAGAAGUGAUCCACAAUAAAGGCGCAUUUGAGUAUGUGGGCAAUCUUUAAUAAGCACACUAAUGUGUAUCUCACACUGAUGUGAAAAAAAACAGAAAGAGUAUAAAUAUUGAUUAGUACAAGAAUGCUUGAAAGCAUCUUUCCUCCCCAAUAGAACUAUGUUUUAGUUCCAAGACGGUAUUGUGGGAACUUUGUUGUUGUUUUGAGACCGGUCUCAGCUGUAGCCCGGGGGACCUUCAGGCUGAAAUCCUGCUGACACCUUCCCAGUGCUACAAUCACAGGUGUGAAAUAGCACACGUGGCUCCUUGUCAGCAUUCAUUGACACGGGAAAUGUUCUUUCUGGAUACCAUCAGAAAACUCACAAGAUAAUACUUCUGUAUGAAUAAUUAUUCUGUUUUCCUAAAACUAGGAAACAUGUAUGGAUGCCCUUCUCUGAAGAUAUAAUUUAGCUUGCCUAGUAUUUGAUUGUAGGCAUGAGAAAAUUUAGUUGCUGUUUUUGUUGUUGUUGUUGUUGUUGUUUGGUUUUUAUUUGUUGUUGUGUUUCAAAACAGGGUUUCUUUGUGUAGCCCUGGCCGCUCUGGCUGUAGCUCUGUAGAUCAGGCUGGCCUCAACCUCACAGAGAUCACCUGCCUCUGCCUCCCAGUGCCUCCUAGUUGCCGGUUUUGAUACAUUUGCUUUUCUGUUUGGGAAUACCCAAACCAAAGCCCUUUUGUAAUAAUUUAAAAUGUGUGUAAAUAUUAAACUUAAAAGGUCUGUGCAGAUGGUAAGUAGGAAAAAAAACCGAGAAGAGGAGCCCAAGUCCACUUAUCAGCUGAAUCUUAGGCAGCGUGGUCUGUGCCUCAAGGCAAGCCAGGGAGAAAUGCCGUACUGCAGAACUGUAAAGCCCGAUCUGGUGUUUGGGACCUGACAUUCCUUGCUCAACAUUUCAAAGGUAAGGCAAUGUGGGCCUUAUCAUGCCCUUUGAAAUCCUUAGACCCCCUUCAGCAAACUUAAAACCCUAGCAGGGUCACCUGGCUGCUUAAAGGACAGCGGUAGGGUCUUACAUGGCUUGGGCGAUAGAGCUUAUAGGUCAGCGUAUAGGAAAUGGUUAACUAAGACAGAUACACGAAGUGAUGAGCAAACUCUUUUGGGGGGUUGCAUAUGAUUCCUGGGAAUGUUCCCACCCCAAACAUUCUCAGGACAGGAUGGAGGGCUUGUGAAAUUUAGACCUUUGUCCCCAGAAAGCAUGGUUGGGGUAGGGGGUGGAAGAGCAUACCAGAAAACACUAGAAGCUUCCCUGGCCUUUAGCACAGCAGGAGAUGACGACAGGUGAAGGGAGGUUCAGCAGAAAAUCUCCCGGAAGUUGAAUUUGGUAGCACUGUAUUACUUACAGCUGUCGAAUCAGGGGCUAGAAUUGGGCCAGCUCCACCUACUCUCCUACUUCCUCAGUUUUAUCUCUACCGCAUCUUCGCUGGCUCGCCAGAAGUCCUCUCUCAUUGAGUGAGGAAGCCUGCCUCCCCAGGAGCUGUCGCACUGAGCAAGGAAGAAGGCAAGAAGCCGCUCUCUUACCUGCAAAAAACUGGUAAGCCGAUAUGGCCAGCCAUUCAACCUUAAAGAAGGGGCAGAAGCACCCCCAGGGCAACGUUUCGGGGUAUAUGGACACACCUAGAAAGACCUCUAGGCCCCACAGAAUGAAACCUGCCGCCUCAGUGCCGACCCGCCUUGGUGCCUCUGCGACAGACAAAGUUCUCCAGGGCAUCACAGCCAAACCUGCAACAUCUGACUCCAUCUCUGUGGCUGGUGAAAAUCAGGAGAGUCAGCAUGCCGACUUCCAGGGUAGCGGUGGCCGGGACAGCCCAAACACAAAACUUGGACGUGUUGGGCCCCGGACAAAGAGCCACGGAGAGAGGGACCAACCCUCGAAAGGAGCCACCUCGGCCAGCGGGAACCCGGCUGAGACAGAAAGAAGGAGGAAGCAGCCCAGCCGAGACCUAGCUACAAGAUGUCCAGGUGAGCUUCAGCUUCCGGAAGCUACAGAAGAGGCUUCUACGUCUCAGCCAUCAUAUUCUCUGAGAUCUCACCGCUCUGAACCUUCCAUGCAGAGCCAGACAUUCUCAGAAUCUGCCUUUGGAAGCCUUGCCACCAUGUCACACCAGGUGUCUACUCCGGCUUCUAAGACCCGCCGCAAAGCUGUUCUGCCUGGCUCUGGUGGUCACAAGAAUGCACCUGAGUUCAGCUUUGACGAAGGGCACGCCACUGCUGCUGGCCAGAAUCUCCGUCAACAGGCCACUCUGCAGGUUCCUGAUCUUGGUCUUGGUCACGGUGAAUCUGAGGUCAGCCCUGGUUCCAAAGGCGGCGUGAUUGUUGGAAGCAGGGUACUCCGCUCACGUACCACUGCAUCUGGUCAUCAUGGCAGUGCCUCGGAGGUCAGCCCUGACGUCCACCUCACAGGCCAGCGUGAUCCUGUUGUUGGCAGCACUACUGUGGAGCGUCGUCCUGAUACUACGGGCAGUAUCACAACACCACGUAAAGGCCCCCGUGUGUCCAGGCCUAGCUCUGACCGCCGAGACCGUGGAGAAACCGUGGAGCCCGCCCCUGGCCCUAGCAGCCAGACCCAAGGAAGCCCGUCCACCUCGCCGACUGCAGUCCCGGAGAGCACCGAAAUGGAAGACGGCAGCUCUCCUCCAAGGCGCCCAGUCCGUAUGCGGGCCUCUUCCCCUUCACCUGGUAGGCGCUAUUUUUUGAUUAGGCAGUUAAUAAGUGGGGACUUAUCCUCUUUCGCCGAAUUUGCUGAAACUCUGGGUCUUGAAAGUUCCGGCUCUUCCUCAAGCAGCUCACCUGACCAAAGUCCCUGAUCUGCUCCUUGAGCUCUAUCUGUGCUCUUAGAUCAGAUAGCCUUCGGCGUGCCUUGACGGGUGACACGAAUAACCUGGAUUCUUACAUUUCUGAAGAGUCAGAGGAAGAAGAAGAGGAUUUUACCCCCCACACUCCUCUACUCCACCGGUACUGUGACUUUUUAUGAGUGUCCCCCGAGACUGAUAAAAGGAAUCAUCAGCACCUAUCCCCUGUUUUCUGUGUAUGAGGUUUCGAGGACUUCUCCCUGUUCACCAUUAUCCAGAGCACGUUUGAAACUCCCUGUCCCGAGCUAUCCAGCACUUAUAAGACCUGUGAUUCCAUUCUGUGCUUUUUAAAAACAACUUGGGUUUUGUUGCUAUUGGGCUUUUCUUUUGACUCUAGAGUUUUGCUUUCCAAGUUGCUUUUAAUGUAGUUAAGCAUUUUAAUAAAAGUGUUAAGCUUUAUUCAAAGAAUUGAGUCUCUUUACUGGGGUACAGUUACUUUUAGGAGUUCAUAUCUGGAGGAUUAAGGAGAGUCGUUAUCAUGCGGCUGACUCUUUGGAAGAAAUGAGCCACAAAAUACUGACC